GACAAAAACAAAAAUGGCGGAUAAGAAGUUUGAUAAUAUGCCGGGAAUUGAUUUUAAUUCUCCAAGUGUGUAUGAAACAAGCGAUCUUCCCGAAGAUGAUCAGAGUCAACUGACACAGGUGCCUGAUGAUAGCGAAAGUAUCGAAAAUAUUGAUGCUAGUGUAAAAGAAGGUUAUGACAAAUUCAAAGGAAAAGGGUUAGAUGCACCAGAGAUUGACUUCUCAGAUCGCAUUAGUCAUUUCAGAAGAACUGGUUAUGCCUCUUUUAAUGUUUAUGAAAUUGAGGCGGAAGGUAAACAGGAAACACCUAAACAAAAACUUCAACGAUUGCAACAUGAAAUUCAAGUUUUGAGCGAGGACUUGGUAAAAGCUCAGAAAGAGGCCGAAAGUGACGCCUUACCAGAAAUGGAUAAAAUUGUAAAUGGUGCAGAUAAACUUCAAAAGCAACUAGGCCAAUUGAAAUUGGAUGACUUACUGGGAGAUGGAGAGAAUAUUGCUCUCGAAGAUCCUACAGGAGCAUUACAUAAUCGUUUGAUGAAUGAAAUUGAAGCGUUCAAGUCGGUUUCAUCGAAAAAAGAAGAAAAGGAUGAAGGCUCUCAAGAUAAUUUUGUGACCUAUCAGCUAGUGGCAAGACCCGAACAAGAUAAAUUUUCAAACUUGUCUAAAGUAGUUGAACUGGAGCAACGAUUGGAUAAAUUGGAAAAAGUUAUAGGAUAUAAUCAACAAUCAUCGAAAAUUCUGGCUUCUCAGCUUUCAGGGAAAUCAUUAACUGAAAGUUGUCAGUAUCUAGCUUCUCAAAUCUCCCUACUACAGCCAAAUACCAUAGAUGCUGUUGAUGCUCGUCUUCAAUCUGUCUCAUUCAUGUUGAAUCAAUUAAAAGAACAAGGUCCUGAAAAUAUCGAAGCAGAGAAAUUAGCCAAAGUUGACGAAGUUAAGACCCUUCUCGAAAAGUAUGAAAAUGUCGUUGACGGUCUUCCCCUUUUAGUUGAUAGAUUGUCUUCUUUGAAUGAAUUACAUCAACAUGCUCUAGAAUUCAACACUGCCUUAACUCAAUUGGAAAAUUCCCAAGGUCAAAUAGCUAAUUUAUUACAAUCUCAUACCGACGACCUAAAGGAGUUAAAAACAACAAUGGCGGAUAAUACAAAAAUUUUACAAGAUAAUGCCGCUGAAAUUGAAUCGAAAAUAAAAUCUAUUCGAAAAUAA